UGCAGGCAGCAGCCGAGGACAUAAAAGCCCUCGUCUGACUCUGAGCUGAAAGUUUCUGAGGAUUCACCCUGAAGAUGACGAGCGGCUGGACUUCACUCUUCGUCGUGCUCCUGGCGCUUGUUGCCGGGCAGGUCGCCGACACACACGACACACGCUACACACACUACGCCACGGCGCGCUGCGACUGCAACGGCCGGUCUCAGUACUGCCUCCGGGACCCCCGGGGCCUCCACUGCGUCGACUGCCAGGGGAACACUGAGGGCCGCCACUGUGAGCGCUGCAAGGACGGCUUCUACCUGGUGGGGGCAGCACUGAGCUGCACACCCUGCCACUGCAGCCUCACAGGUUCGCUCAACGCCACCUGUGACAGCAGGGGGCGCUGCAGCUGCAAAGAGAGAGCCACGGGAGAUAAAUGUGACCGCUGCCCGGAUGGACCGCCUGGAAACAAGGGAUGUUACACAAGCCGUCGGCCCAGAGAGGAUUCUGGGAGUCCGAUGUGUUUCUGUUUCGGUCACAGCAUCAAAUGUUCCGCCCAAUCCGGUUACUCCGUUCACAGCAUCAGCUCCACCUUCGCCGACGGUGCGGACGGCUGGAAGGCGGCGACGGCUGGAGGUGUCGCCCCCGACGAUGUCCACUUCCGCUGGUCCCCCAAACACCGCGACCUGGAGGUGAUCUCCAGGAACAGCCUCCCCGUCUACCUGUUCGCCCCAGCUCCUUACCUGGGGAACCAGCUGCUGAGUUACGGUCAGAACCUUUCCUUCUCGCUGCGUCUGGACCGUGGCGUCCCACAUCCGUCCGCCAGCGACGUGGUUCUGGAAGGCGCCGGCCUCCGAUUGGCCGCCUCGCUGGGCGACCUGCGCUCCACCGUCCCCUGUGGACAGAAAAUAAACUACAGCUUCAGGCUGGACGAGCAGUCCGGCAGCCAGUGGCGGCCUCAGCUCUCAGCCUCACAGUUCCAGACGCUCCUCCAGAACCUCACCGCCAUCAAGAUCCGGGCAACAUUCGGCGAAAAUGGACGCGGAUAUCUCGCCAAUGUGCGGCUGGUGACGGCGUGGCGGGCCGAUGGCGCCCCGGCCGGUUGGGUUCAGACAUGCAAUUGCCCACCGGGUUACGAGGGCGAGUUCUGCGAGCAAUGCUCGGCCGGCUUCAAGCGCAGAACCCCCGCCAACGGCGCCUUCAGCCCCUGUGAGCCCUGCAGCUGCAGAGGAGGCAGCUGCGACCCGCAGACGGGCGACUGCUUCUCCGCUGACGAGACGCCCGGAGAGCUCAGCUGCUCCGAGGGAUUCUACCGCGACGCCUGGCCGCCUCGCACCUGUGUGAAGUGUCCCUGUCCGGACGGGGUGACCUGCUCGCUGGCUGCCGGUUCACUGGCGCCCCGAUGUGACCGCUGUCCAACCGGAACCACAGGUCCUCGCUGUAACGUCUGUCGGGAGGGUUUCUACGGCGCGCCUCCUCGUGGCGACGUCGACCAGCAGACCUGCAGCUCCUGCCGGUGUAACGGACACAUCGACGUCAGCGUGGAGGGAAGCUGCGAUCGCAGCAGCGGCGAAUGUCUGAAGUGUCUGAACAACACGACGGGGCCGAGCUGCGAGGCCUGCGUGACGGGUUUCUACCGCGGACCCGCUGCCGCCGCCACCGCCGCCUGCAAACCGUGUGACUGCGACCUUCAGGGCUCUGAGUCCAGACGGUGUGAAGAUGGCGGUCGCUGUCGGUGCAGACCGGGCUACGAGGGUCUGAGGUGCCAGAGGUCCGACUGUCCCUCCUGUUUCAGCCCCAUCAAGAAAAAGAUGGAGGCGUACGCCGGCAAACUGAAAGAGCUGGAGACUCUGUUCUCAGAAACGGACGGGGGUUUGAAACCAGCUGGCAGGGGCCAGAUGGAGGCUGCUCUGAGGGCCACCGAGGAGCUGGUGGACGACCUGCAGUACGACACCGAGCUGCUGGCAGGCCUGGAGAAGAACCUGCAGGGCCGCCUGUCGUCCAUCAGCAGGAGCCAGUUGGACGAGGGCCAGGUCCUCCGGGACGUCGGCGACGUCGUGCACGACGUCAAAGAAAAACAGCAGACGUACAAGACGAAGGUGGAGGAGGUUCGGGGUCUGGUGGAGGAGAUGAAACGCAAGCUGGACAAGGCCAAGGCCGACCUCAGAUCAGCCGAGCUUCCUCUUGGAGACGCUCCGGCGGGUUCCAACCUCCUCUCUUCUCUGGAGCAGACGGCCAACAGUCUGGCUGACAAACAUCAGACGAAGGCAGACGCUGUGCAGCAGAGCGCCAACGAAGCUCUGCACGACUCGGAGAAGAGUCUGGCUCUGGUCCGAACCCUCAAGAACAAAGAGAACAGAGUCAAGGAGCUGGUCGGAGAUCUCAGAACCAUGUAUGAUAAGGCCUCGGCCCAGGUGAAGGGUUUGGGGAACCAGGCGACCCGGGUGAGCGACGAGGCCCGAGACGAGAGCACCACGGCGGACGGCAUGAUGAAAGACAUCGCCAGCAUGCUGCGAAACAUCCCGUCGUCCCUGAAGGGGCCGGUGGACGCCAUGGCCUCCAGGUUAGACGGUGUGAAGCAGGCGGUGGACGGGGACAUUUCAGACUUGGAGGCGCUGCAAGACGGCGUGCAGCGAGACAAGACCGCCACUGGGGACUUGCUGGAAAUGGGCAAGGUUGCCCAGCAGGAUUUCCACAAGCUGCUGGACAGAGUCAACGUGGCCAAGGCCGACACGGAGAGCGUUCUGCAACGUAUCCAUAGCAACACCGAGGAGCUGGACGACGCCCUGGACACCCUGAGAGGGUUCGACCAGCAGAUCGACGCCGGCAAAGCUUCGGCCGACGCCGCCAUCGAGCGCCUCCCCGGCAUCGCCGCCGCCGUCAAGCAGGCUGUGGGCAACAACGCUCAGACGGCCUCCGUGCUGGAGGACCGGACUGGAGACCACGACGAGGCGCUGGGGAGCGUCAACGUGCUGAAACAUCUGGUCCGCGGUCUGGAGGAGACACUGGCCUCUGGCCCGUCUCACGCUGGUCUGCUGAACGAAGCCAGCAAGCUGAACAAGGAGGUCAAGAGCCUGAAGACACAGGCGGCGGACGCAGCUCAAGACGUGGAACUGGAGCUGGACGCCACCAAGACGCUGAAGGCCGACGCCGGGCAGGCGGCCGAGCGAGCGGCGGAAGCUCUGGGUGGCGCCAGAAGGACCCGAGACGCCGUGGGACAAACCCUGAGGGCCAUCAGGGGCCUGCUGGCCAACAUGAACCAGACCGGGGCGGUGGACGAGACCCAGCUGAAGCGCCUGGAGGCCUCUGUGGCCGACGCCCAGAGGGGCAUGGCCGGCCUGAAGCCUCGGCUGAGGGCCGUGGAGCAGCUGGAGACCGACCGGCGGCGGCAGCUGAGCGGCGUCCAGAAGGACGUCAUCGGCCUCCUGAGAGACAUCGACAACCUGGAGGAGAUCCUGAAGGCCGUCCCCAAGGGCUGCUACAACAGCCCGCCCGUCGAGAAGCCCUGAGGACCACCUGACCCACAGUGACCACCUCCUCUCACGGCUAUGACAGCCUCCCCUUCCAGAAGGACCACCUGGUCCACAGUGACCACCUCCUGCUGCUCAACGCACAAACUAUAAUCGGAAUGAAACAAUAUUAUGAGAAAAAUAUCAACUCUCAAUUUGUUUAAAUGAAAUAUAACACUGGAUCCUACAUUUCCCAUGAUGCAACCUGAUACCAAGGCUGAAACGUUCCUCGCUUCGUUACCUUUCAUUCAGUUCAGGGUCAACGGUCUUGCUCCAGGACCAGAGGACCAGGACCAGGGAUCCACCGGUCCUCUGCCGUGCUGUCGCUUCUCAUCAUAUUGGCUUUAAUUGCAUUUAUUUGGCCACAUUAAAUCAAAACACUCUCAAAAAAGACAUUUUAUUUUUAUUGUAUUCAUCAUAUCUGAGCGGCUCGACGUUAUGCUGCGUUCAGGUCACGUGCCAGCAUCCGUAAAUAUCUGUUUCUGACUUGAGUGGAAGAAACAAACAAGUCUUCACUUCAUUAUUAAAUCCAGAAACACACAACUCCUGAUGUCUCUUGUGUUGAUCAUCACAAUGAGCCCGACAGGUUCAUUACGCUAUUAUAAUAUCGACCGUUAGGAAGAGAAACGACAUGUUUCUGAUGGACGUGUGAAUGUAAACGUAUUCUAUUUAUAUCUGUUCAUAAAGUACAUUUCUAUCUUUUUAUAUUCAGUGUUUUUACAUUAUAGUCAGCAGAAAUGUUUAUGUAUUGAAACUGAUUUUAAAUAAAAAGAUUUUUUUAAAUUGUA